GCACACACACAACUCCAUAUAUCCUCAAGCUAACUAAAUCUCAUCUCUUAGCUUUAAUUUGUUCUUGAAUUCCUCGUAUUGCAAGAUGAAUGCCAAUCCCAAUUCUCCAUUUCUCUUGGUCCUUCUGAUGAUGUCAUUUCUCUUUACGUUUUCUUGUACUGCUCGACAUGAUGUGUUGGUAGCAGCCGAUGUUGGUAGCCAAAAAAGUGAUGCCCAAUAUUAUCCUCAAGUAGGAAAGGUGCCGAAGACUCGCACGGGCUUAACUCAACGGUUCAGUAGGCAUUAUUUGGGAGAAGGAAAGGUGCCCAGAAGGAUAAACUGGGAGAGAUAUGACGAUCCUCCGAUCUGUUAUUCCCCCCCAUGUUAUUCAUCAGGAACAGGCCGUAAUGGUCCUUGAUGUUGAUCUUGAAUUCUUGAGUCUUGAGAACAAACUGAACGAAUUGAAAAAAUAUGUACACUUUCUGAUUAUUAUAUAUACCAAUAAGCUAGCAGCCCUUGCAAAAACUUCAUUGCAGAAAGGUUUUACUAUUAGGGAUUAAGAUAUAUGUAAGUCUAUUACAAAUUUACAGAACAGUACAAUUAUAUAUAUUAAUAAUUCAGGCGUUCUUUUUUGAAAAUAUCAAUGCAUUAUUUUAUACUUA